AUGUCGUCACACCGGUCGUCACCACCACCACCGCAUUCGAUGCCUCCGUUCCAACCGACGUUGGCACCUGCAUUCAGAAGUCAUCCGGGUCAACUGGGUCAGCAGGGACAGCAAGGACCCGUGAACCUUGAGGAACGCCGCCAGAUCCGCGAGAAGAGCGAAAUCUCAAUCUGGCCACCUUCUCCCAAGGUCCCCUAUGCCGAACAGAUGCUGGAACGCGAAGACAAGGCACGUCGGUCACAGAAGUCGUCGAAAUCACGUCGCCGGAGGAGGUACACAUCCGAGUCGGACGACUCUGAUGCGGAGCGUGAGCGCGAACGGCGACGAGCCCGCCGGAGGCAGCGUGAACGUGAACGCGACGACGACAAGGACAAGGACCGUAAACGUAGGCAUCGUUCACGGACCGCCGACGACGACUGGGUCGAGAAGAGCGGUGCCACUGGUCGCAAGGCCCGGUCGCGUUCUGCUGAACGCGAGCGUGAACACGAUACGCAACAAGCUGUGCAAGCAUCCGAGUUACCAGCAGACGACGAGGGACCAGAGGUUGGACCGCAACUUCCGUUGGAUCCGGCUCGCAAGUAUGACCGUGGAGCGUUCCGCGACCUCCUGCCCGGUGAGGGGCAAGCAAUGCAGCGGUUCUUGGAGAAGGGCGAGCGCAUUCCUCGGCGUGGCGAAAUCGGCCUUGAUUCAAAACAAAUCUCUGCCUACGAAGAGGCCGGUUACGUCAUGUCUGGUUCUCGACACCAGCGCAUGACUGCUGUCCGACUGCGUAAAGAGGGCCAGGUCAUCAACGCUGAAGAAAAGUGGGCAAUUCUCAAGAUGCAGCGCGAGGAGAGGGAGAAGAAGGAGGGCGCCAUCAUUUCCCAGUUCAAGGAGAUGAUGGACGAGCGCCUCCAGAUGGAGGAACGUCGCGAACGCGACGCCCAGCGCGACAGGGAGGAGCGCGACCAGCGUGACAAGUAG